GGGUUUUUCAGAGGCGCCUCCCACUAUCGCAAAAAGCGAAGCAGAAACCGGUAUAAGAUGCCGAGACAAAGCUUCGUGAGUCACUCAGGUGUUGAUUGGAACUGAAGUUGCUCUUCUUCAGGAUUUGUUUUGUAUUCAGCGCUUCAUACGCUUCCUAAACAUACUAUCAUGGGGUUCCUGUUGUCCAAGAUGAUGGCGGUGUUCGGAGACAAAGAGCACAAAGUCAUCAUUGUGGGUUUGGAUAACGCUGGGAAAACAACAAUCCUCUACCAGUUCUUGACAAAGGAGGCCGUUCACACGUCACCUACCAUUGGCAGCAACGUUGAGGAGAUAGUUGUCCGCAAUACUCACUUUAUGGUGUGGGACAUUGGAGGGCAGGAGAGUCUGAGGGCCAGCUGGUACUCGUACUACUGCAACACAGAGAUUGUCAUUCUGGUGGUGGACAGCACUGAUCGUGAAAGGCUGACUGUGACCAAAGAAGAGCUUCACCGUAUGCUUGCGCAUGAGGAACUACAAAAUGCUGCCAUUCUCGUUCUGGCUAAUAAACAAGACAUAAAAGGCUCGAUGACAGCAGCAGAGAUCUCCCAGUGCCUCACGCUUGACUCCAUCACAACGCACUCCUGGCAUGUCCAAGCCUGCUGCGCCCUGACUGGAGAAGGUCUUCCUGCCAGUCUGGACUGGAUGAAAUCGCACGUUGUGCCAAACUGAUGCUCCCUGGGGUGGAUCAAACUUCUCUGAAAAA